AUGCCGUAUACAUCGAAAAGAAACCUUCAACGCUCUUCAGCCGCUCAGGAAGCAGGCGCUGUCCAUACUGCUAGUGCAGAAGCGAGAAGAAUAACAGAAAACCUUCAGUCCAGAAUAGACGAACUGGAACGUCAGAAUAUAAGUCUUCAGAAGGCUGUGGAAGAAGGCAAUAAGGCACGCGGAAAGCUGGAACAGCACAUUGCCCGAUUGGAAAAUGACCUGCAAAGAGAGAAGGAAAAGCAUGAAAAUACAACCAAUUCGCUCAAAGAACUCCGUGAUCAACUGACCGAGGAAGUGAAAAAGAAGGUAGAUUCGCGAGUCGAACGAGGGCUUCAUUAUUCAACGGAGCGAAUCGCAAAGCUGGAGGAGCAGUUGAGAAAGGAGAUGGACAAAGAGACCUUUCCGGAAUCACUGAAAACUUAUUCAUCUCUGAUUAAAAAAGAAACAAAAGUUGAUCGUUUUAUCCGUUUGGUAAAGACGAUUGAGAGGCAUGUGCAAGCGGAGAAUCUGAAUCAAUUCCUAUACGAUUUCAUCAAUUGGAUUUCGGAAAACCGGAACUUUAACUUCAACCUUCGUCUGUCCCCAUUCCAAUCGUUCUAUGCGACCGUUCGCUUCAAACUCACCGACUCUUUCCUGCGUGACUUCAAAAAUUUUCUGACGAAGGGCUUGAACUUCGAUAUUUUCGCUUCUCGCCAGUCAAUCUACGCAAUUCGCCGAUCGUUGAGCGUCGUGGACGAGUAUGUAAUCGUUGUGGAGCAGUCAUCGAAAUCCGUCAAUGGUCGUCGAAUGGAGUAUCCGACGCCUUGGGUACGAAUACGGAGCGUGGAGACGUCAUUGGCACGGCGAUUGGAAACGGCAGCUUCCCAUGGCAAUCUGGUGUUCGACGAGGGAACCGCUGAUGACAUUGUUCUGGGUGUCGGCGGAGACAAGGGAGGAGAAUUCACGAAGCUCUGUCUUGUAUUUGAAAACGUCCGCCAUCCGAACGAUCCACGAGGAAUUCUUCUUCUCGGACUUUAUGCUGGACCCGACGACUACGAGCAUCUCAAGGCCAAGUUCAGCGACAUUUUCGAGCAAAUAAACAGUCUGGAGUCAAUUAAGUAUAGCGUUAACGGAGUUGAAGUGGAGAAAAUAGUUCGCAAAAAAGCAUUGGGAGAUUGCAAAUUUCUUUCUUCUCUUUUCCAUCAUCAAGGACAAUCUGCCGCUGCUCCCUGCUUCACAUGCGAGGCUCACUGGCCUCGGUCUGGGCAACACAAGGCGACAACGACAUCCUUCGCAUUCGAAGAAUCCGGUGAAAUUCGACAGCUUCAGGAUUUCAACGAGCCACUUCUGCACUUGGAUCCGAAGCAGGCGGGUGUACCGGCAGUACACGGAAUUCAAGGAGUCUUCCAGACCUAUGUGAUUGACUGGAUGUACUCUUCAUGCCAUCAAGUUGACUAUCCUUUCGAUGAGCUUCCAACAGACCUGAAAAGCCAGAAAAAACGACUCACCGAGCUCUCGGACAUCGAACAAACUGCCGAAGACAGAGUAGACGGUCUGCAAUCCGUUCUCGAUGUGGUUGUUGCUGUCGAAUCUGCACUGGAAAAGAUUCAGAAGAACGGACCAGGAAGAAGAAGAUCGGACAAGACAUGCUCUUCGCAAACAUGCUUCAUCAACGUCAUCGACAGAAAGUUCAAGGAACAAGAGUCGUUUGUGUGCGGAUCCUGCAAAAAGGAGUAUCAUUUGGUAUGCUGUGGAUUCUUUUCCGCAGUUGACUGCAUCGUCAUCACGCCAAACACUAAAUGCCAAUCAUGUCGUUUCCCGGGCAAUUUCACAGUGGACAACAAGAAAAGCCACGUCGGAAAGGUUCGCCGCUCACUGGAGGAUAUGAUCGGCGAGGAGAAGUCCAUGCUAGAAAACGCCCAGAUCGAACGAAUCACGUUGCAACAAAUGUUCGAGGAGUCGAGCGGAGAGACUCUUCGCGCCAUGGAGAGAUUGAUGCGGACAAUGGGCGCCGAUACCCGUGCCUGGUAUCAACAGUGUACGGGAAAUCAGGUCCGUGCUCUUCUCCGCGAAGAGAACAUCGACAAGCUCCUUGAACUGUUCCCGAGCAAUCCAAAAGUUCCGGCGAUGCGCAAGCUCAUGCUCGACUUGUCCUUCCUGAUGAGCAGCGCAAACAAUGAAGUCAAGGACGACACGCAAAUUGACGAAAUCGGCAAGGCCAUCAGAUCCCUUGUGAUCAACAUUCGGGAGGUUCAUCCGGAGGCUGGAGUGAUCCCCAAGCUUCACAUCAUCGCUGCUCAUUUGGAGGCCUACUUGCGAGAGAACCGAAGCUGGGGACGGUUGACGGAGCAAGGAAUCGAAGCCCUUCACGCCAUCUUCAACGGGUUGAUGCGCCGAUUCGCGAGUGUCAACGACGUGAAGCAGAGAAUCUGUCUUGUUCUCGAGAACAUGGGCCACUUCAAUUUUCUCUUCGACGUCGGCGACCUAUGUUGA